AGAGUCAGGAAAGCACUUGAGCCAGUCAGAAACCCAAUUCUACACCUAGCAAUCUACAGAGCGAUUUAUUACAGCGCUGGGUUAUCGACUGAGCGAGACACCGCUCCGGUUUUCCUCCUGUAGCAGCAAAUCUCCUUCCUCUGCCGCUACGUGAUUAUUUUUUUGAUCUGCCGAUGGGCAGGGACCGCGCUGCAGCGAGGGAUAGGAAAGCCAUGAUUUCUGCUGAGCUCACGCUCCCCACUUUAUCAACGUCGGCUGGAUUUGGGGAUAGGAAAACGUAAAUGGAGGAGGAGGAAGCCGAUCGAGAAGCAGAAGGGCGGCAAAACGCCCGGCUCGGAACUCACGGCAGGUCCUAGCGCAGGUCACGUCGGAGGGGAUAAAGCAAAGGCCGUUUUGGCUACGUUUAGGAAAAUUCCAGAAAGAAAUAUCGACUGUUUUAACCUUCGGAGAAGCAGUGCUCCCACAGGGGUCCGGCGUGCCAGGGUGGGAACUGCCGUGAAGUCCAGCACUGCACUAAGGAAAUGCAGCUCUGGCAGCUCCCUGGAGCAGCGCAGGAUGGAUCCCGUGGUUCUCAGCUACAUGGACAGCCUGCUGAGGCAGUCGGACGUGGCCCUCCUGGAGCCCCCAAACUGGCUCAACGACCACAUCAUCGGCUUUGCCUUCGAGUACUUCGCCAACCAGCAGUUCCAGGAGUUCAGCCACCGUGUUUGUUUCAUCAGCCCCGAGGUGGCUCAGUUCAUCAAGUGUGCCCUUAGUCAGGAAGAAAUAGCCAUAUUCCUCCAGCCACUGGACCUUCACUGCAAGGAGCUGCUGUUCCUGCCUAUCAAUGAUAACUCCAGCCAGGCCGCUGGGGGCACCCACUGGAGCUUACUGGUUUAUUUCAGGGACAAGAAGUGCUUCUCCCAUUAUGAUUCCCACAGUAAAUGCAACUCUGUCCACGCCAAGCAAGUGGCAGGGAAACUGGAGGCCUUUCUGGGAAAAAGAGGGGGCAAAGCCACCUUUGUGGAGGAGAAGGCGCCGGCACAGCAGAACAGCUACGACUGUGGGAUGUAUGUGAUCUGCAACACUGAGGCUCUGUGCCACGGCUACUUCCAGGGCCGAAUGGAGCCUCUGCUGCAGCUCCUCACCCCCUCCUACAUCACGCAGAAGAGAUCAGAGUGGAAAGCUCUCAUCACGAAACUGGCACAGAAGUGAUGGGGAUGCACCUCCAGCCCCACAAAAACUGCCUUCCCAGUCUAAGAGGCAGCACCCCCAGUGCCUGAGGGAGAUGCCCAUGCACAGGAUUGUCCCAAAGAAAAAGAAUGUAACCCUUCUAGCAUGGCUACACCCCCCAAACACCCCAUUCCCUCCAGGAAAAGCCUUAUUCUCCUCUUGAAAUCAUCGGCCUUUCAACUUCUAAUGACAAGAGUCACUUUGCUUUCAAAGAAACCCUCUCCAUGGUAAAUUUUUACAGUAAUCGCUGUGGUGAAACAGGUUGCUAAAGAGACUUCUCCACCUGUGCCCAGCAGGCAACACACCCUCAUUAGGUAGCUUUAGUUGCCUCCAGGCAUUGUCCUUCCAAGCCAGGUUUAGCGAAUGCUCUUUAAACCCAAGUCCCCGAGUGCUUUAUCGUGGACAGUUCUAGUUUGUGCCUCCUGCUAGUGGUGUUGGAGCAAUGUGGGAUUUAGCAGCCAAGAUUUUGUACCCCUGAAAAUGUGACAUUGAGAUGUCACUGCAAAAAGAUGAGACUGCAAAGGAAAUGCUACAAUUAAUUUAAGAACAGGGCAAAAUCAAAGUCAGUUUUCAUCAGCCAGGUGCUCCUUGGACACACAGUGAUGACUUUUUUUGGUUCCCCACCCCUGCUUGUUCCUAUUGCAAAUUAAAACCUGACUCUGAACUGCUGGAAGAUUAAUAGGAAGCUGAGAAAGCCAAUCCUAGGAAAAGAAAACUGAGAUGAAAAGCAACACUCACUCUUUGAAGUCUGGGGUUUUUCAUUAGGAUUUUAGGUUGUCUCUGUGUGGGGAGAGUUCAUCAGUGCUCCCCAACCCUUGUUAGUGGUCGCUCCUCUAACACAAAACCAGUUCUGUUAAUUGUGAGAAAAAAAAAUAAAACAACACCAGGGAGAACAAAAGGACAGAGUUUGAAGUAUAAAAGCCAAAGAUAACUGUGGGCUCAUUGAAGUCCUUCAUGCACUUCAGAAAACUGAAACUUCUCUUCCCGUGCUGGAUGAUGACUGGGAUCCUGGAGUGGAUCCUCUCCUUAAAGACAGGCUUAGCAGUGUGGAAAAUAAAAAUUAAACUGAGAUGUUUUUGCAGGAUAAGGAAUGAUCUCUCACCUGGUGAGAAGCAAAGAGCAGGUUGCUCAGGUGGUGUCUAGCAGAGCAACCACACCCCUACCUGAGAAGGGAAAUCCGAGUUAAAUACAACCCUUGAGGAGGGAUUGUUUUUAACCUGGAGCUCUUCACCACCGGUGUGUGCAGAGCACAGCACCGAGGGGAUGGAGGGCUUCCCUUGCUCCAAGUGAAAGUCAAGAAAUAGCUCAGGCUGCCCCAAAACACCCUCAUGGCAGCACUGGGGCCUGGCCCCUCCCUCCUAACACUGCCUGGACAGGAAAGCAGCCUCCAGCACCAGUCCUCCCUGGAAAACCCACUCAGCUGGAGCCAGAACAGCAUCCAGCUACUCAUUGAAGGGUAUUCCCUUUGGACUCUGAGGGGCUUUGCCAGAGCAAUGUCACUGCCACUCCCAAAUCCCGAAUAAAACUCAGACCAAACCA